UCUCUACUGCGCACAUGACAGUCAGCUGGCUGCGGUCACGUGAGCAGAACUUUGCGGAAAAGUAAACGAAAAUGGCAGAACCGAGGAGCUCGAGCCGACGAAUGUUAAUGGCGUUUUUCGCCUUUUUCUUCGCCUUUUUCUACACGGGGAGCUCCACAGCGCAAGUGCCGGUUGUACUUUGGUCCAGUGAGGGGUAAUAUUUCUGUUUUUAUAACUUAUUUGUGACUUUUGAGCGUAAGAGUCAACUUUGUCAUGCUAUGCUAACACUUGAAGCUAACUGUGAUUCUGCUGUUAGUCAAACAAGAUCAGCUGCUACUCUGUUAAAAACUCAUAAAACUCGUUUUAAGUGUUAAAAACUCAUAAAUAAGCAAACACAUUCAGUCUGACCUCUGUUUACCACUGAAAUGACUUUAUUUGACCCGAGUUAGCCUCUGUGAUUAAAAUUAUCUCUCUAAAGUACUACUUUAAUGCAAUAAAUGUAAACUUAUAUCAAAUUAAACUCUGAUUUUUCAACUGUAGUUAUUGUAGUGCUUCAAAAACGAGCUGGUAAACACUGUAAUGUAUAUUAAUUAAUAUAAAGGGGACAGAGCCCGUAAACACUAAUAAAUAGAUUUUAAUUGCUGGUUUAAACUUUUUUUGAUUAAUUAUUAUGGUGUUUUUUUAGUUUGGUUCCUUCUAUUAAUAAAAAUAUACAUACUGAAUGAAGAGACAUUGGUUGUAUGCAGUAAAAAGAUUCCUAAAUUGUGCAAUAAGCUGCGAAUUUGACUGUUGUGUGUUGCAAAUGCUUGUAUUUAGAGCUUGAGAUGCAUUGUGCAGAAGUAUUAGGAGUGUGAUUAUCAGUGUAGAGCCAAAGGGAAAAUAUAUAGAGAUAUUUUAAUAAUCAGAUUUUAUUUUAUUUUCAGAAUUUACACAGAACCAUACAUCAUUUCAAUUCAAAUAAGGUAGAAAAUGACAAGAAAAGGAUGAAAAAAUGAGGGACAACACAACAGUGUGUCAUCAGUUAAAUAAAUAUGUGUCCUUGUACAUGGCAAGACACAAUGCAUGACGGGAUGCCCACCACCGGUGAGUGACCAUCGGAUGGUCACUACAUUUUGCAAUGCUCUGGGAAAUUUUGAGUCACCUAUAUGGGGCAUUGGAAUUGAUCACUCAGGUUUCGGACACCCCUCAAAAUGGCGCUAACCCCCAUAUAGUCGCCUAUAUAAGGCAAGUAAUCCAUAAGGGGCCGCCAAUUUGGCAUUUAGCCUUUCCAUUUGUAAAACUCUAAAAAUUUCUUUGUACCACUGAGUUACAGUGGGAGGUUUGUCGCUAGUCCAAUUAAAUAGUUUACAUUUUCUGGACAAAAAUAAGAGUUUAUUUGGUGAUUUGUAAGGACUGCAGGAAAAUGUGUUCCUCUUCAAAUGAGACAAAGUUCGCCAAACUUGUGAAAGCCUCAAAUAAGAAAACUUAAGAUUGAGUUUGAUGUUUUAAGGAACUGAGCAGCUUUGAUUGAGUUUUGUCACCGUUUUCGAAAGUUUGCUCGAGUGAUUAAACAAUAGUUUAACAGAUGUGUGACAGUUUGUUUCUGUCUUUUCUCCAUGAUUAGAUUACCGGCUCUGGCCCCUCCUGCAGCAGGUCACAUCGUGUCCACAGACCAGCUGACUGCCUACCUCACCUCUGCCUUUGGCUCCGGCCCUCGCACCGUGCUGUUAUUCCUGCAGGACAAGGUCAGUCUGCUCUACAUCACAUAGAGAUAGACACUGUGUAUGUCAGGUUGUGUAAAAGAGGAUCGUUAUGACUCAUGUGUCGUAGUAGCGCUGCAGUCCCAUGUGACGCUGUGUUGCAGACCUCUCAUUCUGGUGUGACAGUGAGCGCUGGCAUUACUUCCCCUUUCACAGUUCCUCUUUAACACAUUGUUGGGAGUUUUUCUCUGUGGUGGUUAAUGAUAAAUGGAAUGAGUUGAAUGUCAGAAGUUUGCAGAUUUGAUUGAAGUAAAGUAAAAUAUUUUCCACUUGUCUGCUCAUGUUGUUAAAGGGAUAUUCUGGCGUUAAAUUAAGUUAGGGUCAAACACAACGUAACACUGAGUUAGACACCCCCUCGAGAGAUGAAUGUUGCCGACCUCUUGCUUCUCUAGUUAUACCAACUUUGGUAACGACCACAGGAUAGCAAACGGUGUGUUUGACCCUAAAUUAAUUUUACGUCAAAAUAUUCCUUUUUUAAAUGAUGAUAUUCUUUCAUUCCUGUUUCAGCUCAGCAAAGAUGACUUCACAGUUUUUGGCGGUGUGUUUGGAAACAAGCAGGACAGUGCCUUUCAGAACCUGGAGGUAGGUUUUCCUGGAGUGAAUUAGUCCUACAUGAUGAUGAUGAUGAUGGUUUAAUUCCUAUAAAAACACGGUCAAUGUUUUCCACUCUCUGCUCUCCAGGCUGCUCUGCAGUCUUCCUCCUCCUCAGUGACUCUUCCUGCUUUCGAGUGGUCGGGCUCCUCUGCCAUCCCGGCUCUGCUGCAGGAGGAACUGGGCGUUUCUCCUCUGCUUGUCGACCCAGACACUCUGUCCCAUCUCAGCAUCAACUCGUCUGCAAGCAAUCUGCUGCUCUUCAAUCUGCCGUACUGCACCAGGUAAACCCUGUGUUGUAAAUUCUUAUGCGCAGAAUUAAAAAGAAACACAAUUUCUGUUUUGUUUAACAAGUAUUUCUUCUUUUUUAUUGUUUUUGUAGUGUACACAAGUCUUGCAAAGAAGUCCUGCAUGACAAUGGUAAGUUUUUAAUCGCAUAAAAUUUCUUAGGGCAACAUUUAGGUCAUUAUGACGUCACAAUAACGCACAGAUUUUUGUCAGUUUGCGAUGUAUAACUUAUUUUUUUAUUUUGUUCUUCCACAGAUGAGGUUAUUGGGAAAGUUCUUACUAUUAUGAAAGCCAAAAAAAUCCCAUAUACUGCAGUUUACACUGGAUCCCAGCCAUCACGGGUGAGACACUGUGUUAAAGCUCCUGUGAGGAGUUUUUUCAUGUUCAUGGAAAAGACUGAAGUUCAUAAAAAUACCUUUUCAUGGUAUAAAAAAGCAGCAAGACUGUCUAAUUUUAUUAAAAUGACAUACCUCUUAAAUUUUUAAGCUUAUUGAACGUCAUAUUCAAUAAAGAGACAAACUAAGAGGUCAUAUGAAGACAUGAAGUAAGACAUGUAUGUGUAUUACUCGUCCCUGCAGGUGAUCUCAGAGACAUCCAUGUCUAACCAGCCUGCCGGGCGCUCCCUGCUCCAAGCAGUUGUUCCUGAUGUUAAAGCUCCGAUCAUGUUCAAUGGAACUGGAGGCCCGUGUAUAAUGCUCUGGGCUCAGAAUCUCAGCAUCAGCCUCUCAAGCACCGCUGCUUGGAUCGACCUCGCUGCAGAAACACCGACGAUGACGGGAUCCAUGUGUAACAGCACUAACUCACUGUGAGCGGGGGCGAGUUUAGCUGCUUUUGUUCUGUGCACUUCUCUGUUUUAAAGAAACACAAUAACACGUCUUCUUUUAUAUUCUCUUUUAGGCUCGUCCUCAACUAUGCAUCUGGAUACGUACUAAGGUAAGACAAUAAAGAGAUUCUACUCUCUUCCAGCAGCCGCUUGUUUGUAGCGAGACCUCAGGCGAGUUCAUUACGGACUACAGCGGGGUUUCACAGCUCAAGGAAGAACAUUUAUGAUCAUUUCUUUAUCAUUUCCUUGAAGUAAUAAUCACCAUAUUAAUCAUUUUCACUGCAGACACGGUAGUUCUUCUGCCUUAGCGUCUCAGUCUGAUUGUAUUUCCAUGAAGUAAUGAUCAUAAAUGUUCUUCCUUGAGCUGUGAAACCCCGCUGUAGUCUGUAAUGGACUGGUGUUUCUAGGUUAUGAAUAGCUGUUAUAUAUAAGCCAUUUAUUGCAAAGACCAGAGUCCCUGAACCAGCUAAAGUUACAGUCUGAGUUUGUAAUAAACCUUAAAUCUCCUCUCAGUACUUCAAAUCUUAAAGUCUUUCUCAAUCUGUGAAAUAUUUGUUUUUAUUUUCCAGUUUCAACAUGAUUCAACGGUUCUACUCUGUGUCCGCACGAAACUGGUUCACCCUGGAGUCCGUGCAGCUGCAGUCUAACGGUGUGACUGCAUCCUUCAGCGGGAGGCGCGCCAUCUACGCCCCUGCAGAGUAUUCCUACCACUGCCAGACCGUCAGCAGCAUCGGAGACGCUUUGCUCGUGCAAAACAGCACCAACGUGAACGCCUCACAGUGGAGGCUCAAUUUCGUCGACUUUCAGGUAAAACUGCAACGCCAUCUUUCAAAUCCUGACCCUCGAGUGUUUCUCUUUAUUAUCUAACCGCCUCUUGUUCAUGCGGUGUAUCUCCUGUCAUUUCACGAUGCAGAUUCAAGGCUUCAGUUUGGCAAAUGGAACGAAUUUCUCCUACGCCAGUGACUGUGCCGGCUUCUUCACCGCCGGGAUCUGGAUGGGGCUGCUGACGUCGCUGCUCAUGUUGCUCAUUUUUGUAUACGGCCUGCACAUGAUCAUGCAGCUGAACACUAUGGAUCGGUUUGACGACCCCAAAGGUCCGUCGAUUUCAGUGCCUCAGUCCGAGUGAAGUACUUCCAAACUCUCACACUCCUCAGUCCUUCAGUGCCUCCUUGAAGACUCCCUCUUCAUUAAAUCAUGUUCAUGUAUUUGGACCCGUUUCUUUGGCUUGUCUUCUGACUUCUCCCUGUAGAUUUCUAAACGUUGUUUUUAUGCAAGAGACAUUCCAUAUCAUCUCUCCACUUGCAGGUGCCACAUUCGAAGCACCUUUUUUUAACGCAUGUGCUAAAAGAUGAAUUCGUGCCACAUUUGGCCACAUAUCGUGGAUAUUGUGCCGAGAAAACAGUGAAUUCCUCCUCUCUGCCAUCUUGAAUGUCUUGCUGGAUGCUGUAGGACUGUCUCCGACCUCAGUUUAUACGAGUUCCAACUGAACUGUAAUUUAAAGACUACUGUUAAUGAAAGAAGUGCCUGUGUAUAUAAAGAGAAGAUUGCUGUUUAUGACUGUAUUUUCAGACUGCUAAUACUUCAGUUUUACUCCUCCAAAGACAAAUAUCCGAGUGCCACAACUUCAGCAAGAUCUUUUCUGAAAAUAUAAUUUAUUUGUAUGAGAAAGAGUUUCUCUGCUCAACUUCCUCCGAAGCUUUACCCCUUAAUUCAGGUGUAUUGACAGAUUUAAAGCUCCUGUGGGAAACUUUUACACUGAUUUUUGACUACCCCAGUGGACAAAGUGGUUUCUGUCAUCGCUUUGCAGAUGUUUUUCUGUACGUGUGUUAGUGGAAAAUGCUGCUCUUAGCUGUUAAAUAUAUUACUCGGAGGUUGACAUUGAAAUUUGUGAAUCCCUUUGUAGUAGAACUACUUCACAGCAGGGGUAAUAUUUUCUAUUUUUGCGUUAAAUUAAAAUUGAAUGCAGAAAUAAUCAGUGAAUUUUGCUUUUGAAUCCCCUUAGAAGCAUCAAGAUUGAGUUUUUACAACUAUAAAAAAACUUCUCACAGGAGCUUUAAUUCCAGUGCCUCUUUUGUGUUUGACAAACUUGUGAAUGUGCUGCUGCCACAGUCUGUAAUUAAAAAUAAAAAUGUUAAAAUUGUGA